AUGUCACUGCAAAAGCUGGUACUCAAGCAUCUUCACUCUCCCGACCAGUUGCGAAAUGUGCUUACUACGUUUCGGGACGGUGAAUUACAAACCAGUAUUGAUCUUAAAGACGACCACGGCGACGCGCUUGUUCAUUUCGCUGCACGAUCGCAGUCCUUGCCAGCGAUCCAGCUUUUGCACGAGUUUGGCGCCGAUAUGGAAGCCGUCAAUGAGCACGGACGAACUCCAAUCCAUGAAAGCAUCGACUCGUAUGAGAUCACUGCCUAUUUGAUUAAGCAAUGUCACGUGGAUGUCAAUGCCAUCAAACGAGGUGACUGGACGCCUGUCAUGAUCGCCGCCUUAAAAGGCCGAACGGAUAUUGUUCAAUUACUGGUGGAAUCAGGAGCGCUUCUGGAAGUUGUAUCAAAAGAUGGGCGCACCGCGCUUCAUAUGGCGGCACAAGAAGGCCAUGUGGAUACCUGUCGAUACCUUGCGAAUCGGUGUCCUAUUGCUAUGAUUAAAGCGACCAAUUCCGGUCGGCUUCCGACUCAGAUGGCAGCGGCAUUAGCGGAGCAACCGCAAGCAGCGCUGGAUAUUGUCACUUUGCUGCUUUCGUCCAGUCCCAUUCCGGAGCAUGAUCUUUUAUUUCACCGUGACAAUUCCGGUCAUAAUAUCCUGCAAGAUGCCGUCGUAGCACGCAACUUGACUCUUCUUCGCUUGCUUUUUGAGCGUGGCGCCAAUCCUAACGAUACCGAUUCCAUCGGCCGUAAUAUGAUCCACUACGCAGCAAUGAUUGGGCACUUGGAUGUAUUGCAGCUCCUCCUGUCGCUCUCAAGCGAAGGAUCAAAGAACCCGCCUGAUUGGGGCACCCCCGAUUGGGAUACACCUGAUACCUGGGAUCACUGGUCGCCGUUGAUGCAUGCCGCAAAAGAAGGUCACCUUGAUGUAGUACGGUUCCUCGUUGAAACCAUCCACGCCGACAACCACCGCACGGAUAAAAAAGGAAGAACAGCUAAAGAUUUAGCGGCAUUAUGGAACCAUCAAGAGGUCAUUGACUAUCUGGAUUCCUUAUAA